AUGCGGUUGGAGGCGGUGCGUCUUGAGAGGCGAUCAGGGAACAGCAAGGGUGUGGAUAGCCUCAUGACCAAGGCCCUGCAGGAGUGUCCCGGGUCCGGCGUGCUUUGGGCGGAGGAGGCCCUGGCGGCACAACGGUCCGAGCAGAAGAAAAUCCCUUGA